UGUAUUUUUUAUUGGAUUUUGGAUAUCCAUGGGUAUCUAUUAGUAAUAACUUAUCUUUGUAACUUCAACCAGAAUGUUAACAAUUACACGUGUGUGUUGCCGUUACAUGAGUGAAAAAUACAACACUAAAUUACUAGAACAAAGUAAAUGAGUAACAAACGACACAGUUUCAUGAAUAUUAUAUAUGUAUGUAUAGGUAGCGUUUUCGGUGCACUCACUUUUUUGGCUGCAUUCAGUGCACUCGCUUCAUAACCGUCAUUUUAAACAUGCGAUUUAUGUCAAAUUGAUGUCAAUCAUCACUUAUGAUGUGAUGAACAAUAACGCACAUGAAUUUGCACAAAAACCAUUAAAGAUUUACUUUAAUUUGAAGGAUUUAGAGUUUAGAGUUUUAGGAUUAGGGUUUACAAUUUGGGGUUUAGGGAUAGAACUCAAAAUUGGAGGCCUAGGGCUUAGGGUAAUAAGCUAAUUAGUUGUUAUCAUAUGUUAUAUCAACAUAUUACACUAAUUGUACAGAUUAAAAUACAAAACCCGACACCUUAAGACUAGUUUUUGAGGUGGGUGCAUUGAACACACUCAUUUUUGUGAGUGCACCGAAGUAGUCACCUGUAUGUAUAAUAUAUAUCAAAUAUGGUGAGAAAAAUAUUGAUCAUUUUUAAAUAAAAUACAUAAGCACGUUUAUAAUCGUACAGGUUCGGGUUGGAUAGUGACAACCCAUCCAUCACCUAUAAGGUUCGAAUCGCGUUUUAUUCAUACCCAUUAAAAAAAUCCUCGAAUUCAUGUUACCCUACUUGAUUAGAUCAAAAUAUUCCGGCAAAUACCCUACCAAAUUGUAUCUCUAAAAAAAAUCUGAGACAACAACGAAAUUUAGUUUUAAAUAAUAAUGAAGAGAAUGAUUUGAGUAAUAGAGUCAGAUUAUUCGAAAUAUGAAUCUCCACACACGUGCACAAAUUCAAUAAGGUUAAUGUAUGACACAAAAAAGGUCAAACAAGAUAAACUAUGGAUAUAUACUCCAUCAAAUUAAUAUGAAGCGAUUGAGAACAAUCCAAAAGAGACGAAACAAAUGUAAUACGGUCAUAUCGAUUCUCAUAUUUUCCCAAAUUAGUAAGAAAAGAUAAUAUCACAUGUAGACCUAAACCCCAAAUUGUAAUGUGAAACAAAACCCAAUUGUUGUUUAGGGUUGUCUUUCCAUUAGACACAACACAAGUCGUUUUAGUUGCUUAUUUAGCAAGGUGCUUGUGGAGAGGAGAGAAACAAAAGGCAAAUAAGCGAAGGAAGGGCAGUACCGUCAUUACACUAACCGCCAUCCUUAGCCAAGCAAUCUACCGCUGUGGUCUCCGUGUGUAUUGGACCUUCCUCUUCCCUUCCUCUCUCCUCUCCUAUAUAUAAACCAAUCCAAUCCCUCGCCUCCACUUCCCCCCAAAAUCCGACUCCGAUCUCUGCUUCUCUCUCUCUCCGCUUUUGCAGAAAGCAGAAUCCCCGAUGGCCAUUUACAGCUACCUCCCGCCGUCCUCCUCCCGCUCCGACGUCGCCAAACGCAGGAGCCAGCAGCACCGCCGCCGCAGCGGCGGCGGAUUCCGGCGACGGUGCGUGGUGCUGGUGAAGCAGCAGAAGACGCGGUUCUACAUCUUCGGCCGCUGCAUCUCCAUGCUCCUCUGCUGGCACGACCACGCCAUCCGCGACUGACGAUCUUCUUUCUUUUCCUCAAUUCGAUCGGCGAGUCCCGACGGAAUUCAAGGGGAAUUGAAUUCUGGAGCGGUGAAAAUCGACCGGCUCGUUGAAUCCCCCCCGGCGAUCGGAGAAAUUUUGGUGUUACACGGCUGAAUUGAAUUUCCGGUCUUCUGAAAGAGAAAGCCUGUGAUUGGGCGAUGUUGUCUGCUACUUGUAAAUAUGUUUAUUAGUCAUAUACAAUUGAAAUGAAGCCGUCGUCGUCUUCUUCUUCUUCUCCGUGUAGUUAUCUUCGAAUAUCAGUUUUUUGUCUCGAUUGAAGGCCGGCUGCCGCCAUAGGCGUGACGCCAUCUUGAUCUUGACCUGCGACUUGCUCGUCGCAAUUCACACGGGUGGGGAUUAAACUAAUUGUGAUUUAGGGAAGCGUUGAUUCCCAUUAAAAUCAUUAACUAAAUCUAGAACUUUCGGCUUCGUUGAAUUUUAGGUAUUGGGGGAUUUUUUUUAAAUCCCCCAAUAUGAUUACAGUUCCCAAGACCUAAUCGUCAGGUUCGCUAAACCCUGAUUGCGUACCACAAAUCCACAAUGCCAGUGCUUCUCCUUCCCGCCGGUUUGCCACUACGGCCGGCGCCGGCAGCCUUCGCGCCCCCAACCAACCAAUUGGCUAGGUGUCACUAGGUGUCAAUGUCCGUUGGCUCAAGCCUCUUGGUAGUGAACUAGUGAUGUCAAUCGGGAAAGCGGGUAUAUCGACAAUCAUAUUCGUCCGCACUAUAUGCUGAUCAAAUCGGAUAAUAAGCACACAAUAUUUCUCUUUUUUUACAAUAACGUAUAGGGGAAACUCUUCGUAAAUGAAUGAGAAAUAUAGUAGAAGAAAUAAUUUAAAUAUAGUCUUAAAAUUUCU